AUGACGACAUACCACGUAUCAGCGAUGCGGUUCUCGCGGAAUAUGAUAAAUAUAUCGAAACAGAGGCAACGAGAUGCUCGACGCCUAACAAGUGCGCGAGUACUUUCAAAUACUUCUGGGACUUUCUCCGCAAAAAAUAGUUUCACUGCUACCUUUCAGCAUGCUGCUAAACUCGCCCCGAAAAUUGAACGCGCGGGUUCUAAAUUAUUCAAGGACGCAGACGAAGCCGUAGCCGACCUAAAGAGUGGAACUACUCUUCUCAGCUCCGGAUUUGGUCUUUGUGGUGUUGCAGAAACUCUUAUACAGGCCAUCCAUCGGAAGGGGCCUGAAAACCUAAAAUUCCAGAUGGUGAUAUCGAAUAAUGCCGGCGUUGCUGGUAAGGGAGGGUUGGACAUACUCACAGAGGCCGGGCAAAUCAACCGAAUGAUAAUCUCACAUCUCGGCAGCAACAGGGUCCUCGAAAACAAAUAUCUCACUGGGGGGAUUGCGCUCGAACUAUGCCCACAAGGAACCCUGGCAGAGCGGAUAAGAGCAGGAGGCGCUGGGAUCCCGGCAUUUUUUACCGCCACAGGCGCCAAUACUCUCAUUCAGGAUGGGAAAAUCCCCGUUCGUGUGGGCGCAUCUGGAAAUGUGCUGGAGCAUGGCAAACCGCGGGAGGCUCGCACAUUUAAUGGCAGAACAUACCUCAUGGAAACCGCUUUAACGGGCGACGUGGCUAUUAUCCGAGCGUGGAAAGCAGACGCGGUGGGGAAUUGUGUGUUUCGAUACGCAACGAAGGCAUUCGGGCCCAUUAUGGCAAAAGCUGCUACACUCACUAUAGUGGAGGCAGACAAUAUUGUUCCAGUUGGCUCUAUACAUCCAGAUAAUGUUGACUUGCCUGGCAUCUUCGUGGACAGGGUUGUCCCCUCCACAGUGGCGAAGGUUAUUGAAAUCGAAAAGACACGAUCGUCUGAGGCCGACAAUGUGGUAAAACCAGUCGAAAGUGCCGGCGAUAUUCAGAGAAAUCGAAUUGCAAAGCGGGCUGCAAAGGAACUUAAGCAAUCUGACUACGUAAAUCUUGGUGCUGGAAUUCCGAUUCUCGUCCCAUCAUUUGUGAAAGAGGGAGUCAAGGUUUGGGUCCAGUCGGAAAAUGGAAUUCUAGGCAUGGGUCCAUAUCCCACUACUGAAGAAAUCGACCCAGACAUUGUAAAUGCAGGAAAAGAAACCGCCAGUUUACUCCCAGGUGCAUCUACCUUCGAUAGCAGUGAGUCCUUUGGAAUGAUACGGGGUGGACACAUGGACGUAUCAAUUUUGGGCGCUUUGCAAGUUAGCGCCAAUGGCGAUCUGGCAAACUAUACGAUUCCUGGGAAGGCCUUCAAAGGAAUGGGAGGAGCUAUGGACCUAGUGUCCAAUCCUGACAAGACUAGAAUUGUUGUGACUACAACGCACGUCGCCAAGGAUGGUUCUCCUAAAAUCGUCCAAGAGUGCAGUUUACCAUUGACAGGAGCAAACUGUGUUAGCACAAUUAUCACAGACUUGUGUGUCUUUCAGGUCGACCGCGCCAACGGCGGUCUCACUUUGACGGAACUGGCCCCGGGGGUGGAUAUAGAAGAGAUUGAGAGAAAGACGGAGGCGAGAUUUUCGAUUGCAGAGUAUUUGAGCCCCAUGGAAUAAAUAGGACCUUGGAAAUUGACACAACUGAUUCUGUGUUCCUCUUGCUGUCAAAGUUGAAGACGUCGAUUAUAUCGUAGACAUGCUGUACUUUGUUCGGCACGAUUUGAAGGGCCAUGAGUCUCCGGUGCGGAGAUAAAUAGAGAGGCGCAAAAAGGAAGGGGCUAGGAGAAAGGGUCCAAGGGGAAGGAGCGAUGAAGAAUAGCGCGAAUGGAAAUUCUAAAAGGGGAAAGGGCGAAGAGGUAUAGCGCAACUGGAAAGUGCCAAUGGGAGCGCAACGAGGAAAGGGCAAAAGAGAGCAUGAAGAAGGAAAGAGCGAAGGAG